GCAUUGCAUUUUCGUGGGAAAGGAAGCGCAAGCAGUAUGCGAUCCGGUAUCUUCCUCGCGCUGGCUGUCUGCUUCGGGGCGAUGGAGGCCUCGAUCCAUGUGGUCGAUGGCCCUGCCGUCGGAUGGAAGGCCUCGGAGCGCAUGUUCCACAGCGAAGCCGCCGCCGACUCGUGGGUCCAUGUCGACUUCUUGGCACUGCCCAUCGAGGACGAGCUCGACCCGACGUCCGAGUACGCCGUCGCCGUCGUCAUCUACACGGACGACGACACGGUCCAGACGCCCGACGAUUACUGCAGCCAAGACUACAACCAGAUGAACACGUCCAAUCUCACGGGCAAACUCUUCUUGCCAUCCGACAACUCGACGGUCAUGGAAGGGAAGGACGCGUUCGUGGUAUCGACGACCGGCGUUCAGACCGUCGUGAUUGUCACGUGCGCUCGGCCCAAGUGCAAUGAGUCGGAACCGGCCGCCUACCUGCCCUAUGAAGAGAAUCCCAACAGCGCUGCGUUCGAUCUGCGCGCCGCCAUUGCGUUCAAGAACCCGUACGGAUACUUGCCGGGGCUCAUGUGGGGCCUUCUUCCAUUCAGCGGAAGCCUCUGCCUGGCGUACCUUGUCGCGGACGGCGUCUUCCUCGUCCUGCUCUUCCGGAAUCGCCAUACGCUCAUUCGCUUGCACUACUUUAUCCUCCUUGUGCUGCUGCUCACGACUCUGGAGACGCUGCUCUGGUAUGUGACCUACGCGUCGCUCAACGAGUCGGGCGAAGCGCUCUGCUGCCCGUACCCCAAGAUGAUUGUCGCCUCGACGCUUCUCAAGGUGUUUUCGAAGCUCAUUGCACGCGUGCUCACGAUGAUCAUUUGCUUGGGCUACGGGAUCGCGCGGCCGUCCCUCACGUGCGCCGAGAUUGCGCUUGUCACUGGUCUCGGCCUCUGCUAUAUCGUCUCUACCGGCGCGUUGGAGAUCACACACCUCUCCAACCAGUCGGCGGGCGAUGUCUCGCCGCCGCUCGUAUGGGAACUCCUCGCGACCGCGACGGACGGGUGCUUUGCCGGCUGGAUCUUUACCUCGCUCAUGCUCACGCGCAAGACACUCCGCGCGACAGGCCAGUCGGCCAAGUACAAGAUGUACGACACGCUCUUCACGGUCCUCGUGACCUUUAUGGCCAUUACGUUUCUCUUUACGGUGUUUGAGAACGCCGUCUACUCGAAGCGCAUUGAGCUCUCGUGGGACUGGAUGUGGGUGCUCUGGGCCUCGAGCCGCGCACUCAAUUUUUGUGUUGUCUUUGUUGUCUCGAUCAUUUGGCGGCCGACGCGCACGAGCUUGCUCUACGCGCACUCGGUGCAAGUCCCGUCGUCCGAGGCCGACUGCCCGAGCACCAAGGCCGGCGACGUCGAGCUCGUCGUUGUCGAGGAGACGUCCGACACGGAGACCGAAGUGAGUCUCCAUCCCGACGAUGGCGACGAGGCGGCAACGACGACGCCGGCGCGUGACGCGAUUUAAUUUUCGUUUCUGCGUGCGGCUGGUGCUUUGCAUUAGGACGAUGAUAAGCGUAAUCGACCUCUGCCUUUGUAGGAUGACA